GGACAGACGUCACGAGAAAAGUAAAGAAGCAUGCGAGAAUGAGAUGCUACUUCAGAUAGAACCUCUAAGUCCAGUCUUUAGUAGAACUUCUAUAUACAAGCAAGGAGGAAUGUAUGAGGAAAAACCUCAGGAAUAUCCCGAAGACAAGAUCUGA